GCUCAUCCCCCGCGAGGGCGCGCGUCCCGGCGGGCGCAGAGUCGGCGACCGAGCGCAGGCGGCGCGGGCGGAGCAGGCGGGCGGAGCAGGCGGGCGGCUCGCGGUCCCCGCAGCCCAAACGGGGCCCAGCGAGCGGGGUGCGGCGAGCGGAAAACAAGUGGUUGCUUUUCUUUUCUCAUUUUUGAAAGCCCUGCCUACCACACAGCUGCUCUGGACAUCCAGUUCCUUGAUGGAUGAAGACAGCCAACCGAUCCAGCCCCAAGACCAGAGCUGCUGGGCCAGUCUGCCUGAUGUGUGCCUGCGUCGUGUUUUCUGGUGGCUGGGAGACAGGGACCGGUCCAGAGCCGCCCUGGUCUGCAGAAAGUGGAACCAGAUGAUGUUCUCGGCUGACCUCUGGCGAUACAGGACCAUCACGUUCAGCGGGAGGCCCUCCAGGGUACAUGCGUCUGAAUUCGAGUCAGCUCUUUGGUACGUCAAGAAGUUUGGUCGUUAUCUGGAGCACCUGGAGAUCAAAUUUCUGAACCCUUACAACGCCAUUCUGACCAAGAAGUUCCAGGUCACCAUGCGAGGCCUCCUGUCGUGUCUAGGCAAGAGCAACAACCGUCUGAAAUCUCUGUCCGUCCAGCAACUGGAGCUGGACCGCCUGGUCUGGAGGAACAGCAUCCGGAGCUCCUUCAUCAAAAGCUUGAGCUUCUUCUUAAAGAAAGUGGGCAAGCACCUGGACUACCUCAACCUGAAGGGGGCCCGGCUGACCGUGGAGCAGGGCUGCGUGGUGCUCAACUCCCUGAGCUACUUGCGGAGUGAGAGCGUGGUGUCACAGCUCAACAUCGAGGACUACUUCAGCCACCACCUGGCUGUGUACAGCAGUGCCCAGUUCACCAGGACCAUGGCCACAUUCCACAGCCUGGCGUCCCUGACGCUCAAUUACAACUGCAUCUCGGACGAGCUGCUCGAGAACCUGUGCGAGAACAAUGCCAGGACCCUCUGGACCAUGAACAUCAAAUGCCACAUCCACGACCCCCACGGGCAGGUCAUCUGGGGCAUGUCCUGGGCCAAGCUGGCCAGGCACGCCACCAACCUGAAGGUGAACUUCUUCUUUGAGCGGGUCAUGAAGUACGAGCGCCUGGCCCGGAUCCUCUUGCAGGAGAUCCCAAUCCGGAGCCUCAGCCUGAGGAGCUGCUACUUCAGUGACCCCGACUGGUCGAUGAGGCCCACGCUCACGGAUCUCCUGCCCACCUUCCGGCACACUCUGCAGAAACUGACGUUCGAGUUCAACAACAACCACGAGUCCCUGGACGAGGAGCUGCACCUCCUGGUCUUGUCCUGUAGGAAGCUGUUCUACUUCAAGAUCUGGGCUUUCCUGGACGUCAGGUUUGUGGAGCGGAUCCUGAAGAGUCAGGAGGAAGGGCAGUGUUCCCUGCGCACUCUCAAGGUCUGGAGGACACGGAGACUCCCCCGACCGGGGAGCGGAAGCAGGACCCGGCGCAGCCGAGUCCCCUGGGAAAAUGCCGCGCGCACGAGGCCCGUAAACCCAGUGGUAGAUGGAGCCAGCCACAGACUCGUGACCUCCGUGGGCCACAGCCUCCGGUUCACGCCCGUCCUUUUCCCACGUGCCACGCCCGGCUGUGGGUCUGCAAAGAGCAGCAGGUUCUGGGAGGAAACACGCAGAACUUCGACGUGGUCUUGACCCCGUCGAUGAGCAGGAUGUGCAUUCUGCCGCCCUGGUUUCUCCUCCAGGCUGCUGGGGGGAGGGGAAGCAGCCCUGGGGACAGAUGGGGGCCACCUCCUCUGAAUUUCCAGCCGGGUAAGGAAAGGGGGACCGUGGUCCCCGGAGGUGCUACACCAUUACCCACAGGCAAAGUUACAACCAAAGGGCAGUUCUUGUUUUUGAAAAGACUCUCAGAGAGGGGCCUUCGACUGCGGGCUGAAGGGUCCUGAAACCACGCUGAUUGCUGUGACCCCGAGUUCUGUGCCCCAUUCAGGCCUUAGUUGCUAAGGUCCCUAACACACAAAUAAAGCUGGGAUGGGGUCCUGGACACUGAACCUAAGUGUCAAUGGCCACAUUCGUGCCUUGGGUGCGUAUCGGCCUCCCUGGGGGCCAGCUUCUCUGUUGCACGUGGAGAAGGGAGCGCACGCCCCAUGGAGUC